AUGCCUUCAGAGCCGGAAAAGGAAUGGACUCUUGAACACCAUUUGGUAGGGUCGACGUUGCCGAGAUCCGUGCCGAUCCGAGUUAGCGGACAGCACUAUGCCAUUACCGAACAAAACACGACGUUGCAGUUCUUUCAACCCGAAGACAUUCCUGCUCGAAAGCCUGCGCUAUGGAGAUCCAUCACAACAGGAUGGGAAGAACACGGCGUCGCUCUAGCCUUGGACAACGUAGCUUCCGAUAUGCAAGAUCCUGUUGUGCUCGACAUUUCUCACAAUCAAAGAGUCUUGACGGAUCGGAUCCAGUCGAUUCUAUUAAAGGAGGUUUUGGAUGAGUACCUUCCCGAUCUUAUUAUGGUAGCUGCGUUAGAAGAGGUCACUGCUCAGUUUCUGAAGCAAAGAAUGCUGGAGGAAAAUGAAACGGCCAUCACACAGUCGUCUGCUAGCAGUAAAUCCAACCUGCCAAUGUCACCGCCGCGCUAUUACAGCAAACCACCCAGCAGCUACCUGACUCCGCCUGUCUUUAAUGAUCCUGCGGGUAAAGAAUCAUCAGAACUGCCCGUCGCUGUGCAGUUCACUCCCAACCAGCUAGUGGCGCGGAUCAAACAAGGAUGUGCCAUGGUGUACGCACUAGAGCAGGCAAAUAACCCUCCGCCGAGCUCGAUCAAUACGAGCGCAAUGUCUGAGCGUCGAUCCAGCAGUCGGAUUGCUCGUAAAGAAACGCAGAAGGUACAAGACGAGACGGAUCGAACAGCUUUAUGGAAAAUUGUGCCUGGUGGCAAAGUUGCUACUUUUCUUCACAAUCGUUUGUAUCAGAAAUCAGUCCCUGCCUCGGAACGAACGAAAUCAGAGGUACUAGAUUCAACGACCUAUGAUGAAAGGGGAAAGGAGAAAUCGAGUGAAUUAAUGAAACAAGAACCUACGGAAGAAUCUAAUCAGGCCCAAAUCAAAUCGGACGACGUUGUCAAAAUUUUGCCUAAAGAAAUCACCAAGGUUGAUGAGCAUCAAAACAGUCUUAACACUUUACAAUUGCAUGCAGAACUACCUCUUCUGGGAGCGAUGAGGGUAGACGUUGACCAAAAAAACGAUCAUGCUGAAGACGAGGAAAUCUCAGAACCAGCUGAUGAGACGUACUCUCCCGAAGCCGAUGCCGAAGGUGAUGCUGACGAAGAAGACGAGACAGGAAGUUAUACAAAGGAAAAUUUGGAGGACCUACAGCUCGAGAACGUGCACAAUGCGAAGGAUAGGAGAGAGGUCACGGUUGAUAAAAACGGUGAUGGUGAGGAAGAAACCGACGGUGAAGGUAUCGAAGUAAUCGACGCAAAGAACCCUUACUUGCAGCCAACGAACAGCUUUGUUUUAGAAUGGCUAGGUCGAAAGACUGGAAAAUAUCUUUCUAACGAAGACCUGCAAAAUUCCUUCCCGCAGCUAAUUGUCACUGCGUCAAAGAAGAAGAAGAUGAAAGCAUCACAGAAUGAAAUGGGGCGUAUGUUACAAACGCUUGUUACGCCAUUAGACCGCCUUGUGUGGAGAUACACGAUGGCUUCCGAGAUUGGGAUGGAUAACCCAGAGGCUAGACUGGCCUUAGAAACGGUUGUCGAAGAAGACCCUCCAGAUGUCAUGAAAUGGGAAACGUCUUACUUCGGUAGAACCCAAUUUACGCUUCGUGUUCUACACAACUCUGUCGCUGAAGAAGUCAAAGUGCGUGAAGCCAAUGGACUAGUCGAAGCGGAAGCUGAAUACAAGGCGAAGAAAACGUGGGACUCACAUCGGUACAAGGGAAUCCAUGGGGGCCACACUUGCUGGCCGUCUUGGACGGAUGGCGUUGCUAAUUGGUACGAAGAGCAGAAAAUGCAUCGUAAGGAUGAAGAUAAAAAUGAUGCUCAGAUCAACAAGACGUCCAUUAAAGAAAACACAAAUGACAUAUUGUUGGCGCAAUCAAUAGCUGACCUUGAAACAGAAGGCCGAGGUUCAUCGCGAAGGGCAAAAAGGCGUGGAGUAGAAGGGGGCGGGGUGUUUUAUGGAACCCAGUCGAAUAUGACUCAAAAACAAUUGAUGGACACGCUUUUGAGGUUAGUUUCGCAAAAUUCGUUUCAAACCGCUGCUUCCCUGCUUUCCGCGGUUCCUGAAGAAAGCAGCGACCCAAUGAGGCGAAUUCGAACGGCACUUGGCCGAGUUCUUUGGAAACGGAAUCAAGUGGCCAGAAUAUCUGUCAAGACAGCGUGGACUGAUUUGUCCAUUUGGAAAACUCUGCAAUCUGGUCCCCUACUUUCGAUCGCAGAUUCUGCCUAUUCCAACAACGCAAACGUCAGUACCUGUUCUUUAGAGACAAACCUUACUUCUUCCGAUUUUGAAUUGAUCGAGUAUGUUCGCAGGCUGCAUCAGAUAGAGCUGGGACUCCGUAGCCUUGUGAUUAAGCACCUGACUGAAAUACCACUUGCUAUAAUCGCAACAGCGGCUGAUGAGAGACCUGGAACUAUGGAAGCGAUGGAUGACGCAGACUUUGAAGGCUCAGGUGGUGUCCAGUGGCAAUCGACCGGGCACUCUUUUUUAACAAAGCGAAUUUUUCGACCAUCGGAGACCCAGAACACUAACGAUUUGACACCUUGCUACUGGUUCACCGUUCAUGACUUUGCUCCUUCAAUUGCAUCGGGGCCAGAAGAUGAACAAGCCCCAUCUUCUGAACGAGCUGUCAUUGGAAACGCAAAAGAUUGUAACACCGUUGAACGCCGAAUGCGAUUUCGGGCCAGUCUUGAAUCAUCUGGACCGAAUGGCGAUUUACCUGCAAUGAACCUUCUUCUUACAGAAGCACAAGUAUUGGCUGGGCUAAAGGCUGCAGAGAUUGAGUCGAACCAAAAAGGAGCUGCACUUUUGCGAGAAAACCCUUUUUCAAAUGAAAUUGGGGCAAAAAUAACCUUGCUCUCGUCGAAUAAUCAAGAAGAAGCAUGCUCGUUCAACGCAGCCAUUGCUGGUCACAAUAGCAUUGUUGGGGCAAACGGCCAAAUGCUUCACACGGUUCUAAUGCUUCCUGACAAGGGCUCAUCCCGACAAGAAGCUUUCUGGGCGACUUUGGAGGCUUCGUCGAGAGGGAUGUGGUCGUGCAAGAUUACAGGAGAUCCAUACACCUACUUUAUCCAACAAUUUGACUACCACUCGGGAUCUGCCGCGUUUGAAGAGUGUCGGGCGAUCGUCAAUUAUAUUCGUCGGCACCCAAAGACAGCUGCCUUUCAAGAACCCGUUGAUCCAGUUGCGCUUGGUGUCCCCGAAUAUUUUAGUGUUGUCAAAAAACCAAUGGAUAUCUCGACUCUUUCGAACAACUUAGAGGAAGGAAAAUAUUCUAAUAUCCCUCCAGCCACUGCUAUCGGCAGAACUCCAGUGGCCCGUAUGCUGAAUGGCCCAUUUCGGAAAGACGUCGAACGCAUCUUCAACAACGCUAUGCUUUUCAACCCACCAGACGAUUGGAUCCACCAGUCCGCAGCUACAGCGAAAAAAGCUGCACUGAAAAAGAUUGAACAAGCCACAAAGGUUGCCGAAGAAAAGGCAGCUGGAACAUCAAGGCAGAAGAAGAGCAUUUACAUCGAUUACGAUUCGGAUGUAGAUAUGUAUGUCGACGAAAGUGAUCAGGAUGAAGAUUUUGGUGGACUGCGAAAGAGUCGAAAACGGAAAGCGGUCAGUCGUCCCAAAGCUAAAGAAGACGCAUCAUCUCGGGCCGUUGAGGCGCCCAUUCGCUUGCAAAAGAUGGUUAGUGAAUCCUUGGGGCUGCGGGGGCCUCUCGCGAAUCUCCCCAUCAGCACGGAUCCUCUUACUUUUUCUCUCCCCGCAGACUGGACCUGCAAAUCGGGGGCGGUGGUUACCGUUACGGAUGCGGGAAUUGUGGAGACAGAAGAACGUGAGCUCAGUGAAGAGCUAGGAGAGCUGAUCACAUUGCACAAACAAACAGAAGCAGCGGAGGUUCUGAAUUUGCGGCGUUCUACUAGAGGACAUUUGUACGAGGAAGACGAGCAGAAUGGAACCAGAGAAAUGAACUUGACACAGUUCGAAUACUUGACACGGAGCUCAUGGUUUAACAUUGAUGACGGCGCUUCGCUCGGGCCUCUCCGGAACCGACUGGAGGUUGAGCUUUCUUGUGAACGUCUUCACGAGGAGUAUUUUGCAAGAGAGUACGAUAAACGGAGAAAGCAGAUCGUCAGUACUGCAGAAGACGGAAAUAGAUUUGGUCAUUACACGGAGGGAUCGUUCCCUCCGUACCUCGGACACUUGGUUCCCAUGCGUUCGCCUGAUUCAGAUACGGAGAUGUUGUGGGAGAUUCGGCCGGCCUACAUUGCGCCAGCCUUGAGAUGGGUGAUUCGAGGGUUGGUGAAUUCGCAGCAUCUGGCCGCCUUAGAGCCGCUGACAACCGACUCGAUGAACAGUGGUGUCGUUUUGGCAAAUCAUAUAUAUUAUCUCGAUCCAAGUACGAAAGCUUGCGAAGUUUUGAACUUGAAGGAGAUCCAAAGACGCAAGCGUGCCGACCAUGGUGGGGACCAGGAAGAAAGCGAGGACGAAAUUGAACUCAGUGAGUAUGAUAAGCUUCGCGCGGAGCGUGUCGCACGAAAUGCCGAUCGCUUGAAGGCAUUGGGGUUAGCUUAGUUUAAAGUUUGCCUUGCUUGGCGAAAACGAGUACACCAUAGUG